CACCCCUCCACAGUGCACUGAUGCAUUCACUUCUUCUUCUUCUUCUUCUUCUUCUGCCCACAUUUAGUUCCAGGAUUUAGACUGGAAAUUGUUGCACCUGGUUGCCAUCAUGCUCGUGCUCCUGAACGGACUUUGUGCUGCGAUGCUGAUCAACAUGUCAGCGGGCGCGAGCCAGGACCUGGUGGUGUUCCAGAAGCCGCGCUUCUACGGCGUCCGGCCGGGUCGCUGGGUGGCCAUCUACUGCAUGUCCUCCAAGCAGCACCUGGCGGCCCAGGUGGUCUGGUACAAGGCCCCCAAGUACGAGGGGGCGGCGUCUCAAAGGCGUGUUCUGGAGGGAGCCAUCACUCGCCACAUGAACCUGACCCGCAACGCCUUCCUCAUCCUGGCCGACUUGACGGUCCAAGACAGCGGCGUUUACUUCUGCAGGAUCGACGGCGCCUGGGGGGCGGGGACUCAGCUGCAGGUUGCCAGGCCGGUGGACAGAGUCCAGGUGUUGCAGCACAGCCAGGUGAAGGACGGCCUGAUGGUCACGCAGGCUGUCAUGCUGGCGCUCUUUGUGGCCGUCCUGCUGCAUCGCAAACUGUUGCUGAAGAAGAAAGAGAUCAUCUACGAGGAGCCUCAGCUGGAUCACAUCUACCAGGGUUUGGUGAUGCCGACGGGCGGAGACAACCUCUACGAGGAACUCGCCAUAUACUCCCAGGCUGCAGAGGGCGCCGAGGCCCCGUGGGAAUGACACGUGCGCUCCUGGUAGACCACAGGAAGUACUUUUGUUUUACGCAAUAAACCUCUUAGUGCUC